AUUUCCAGAGCAUGUGUACAUAAUGCAUGACGAAAGAGGGAGGUGACAGUAGGAUCUAAAAGGAUCAGGCUCGCUCAGUCAGAAACUCUUAUUGCAGCUGUGAUGAUGUUCUGCAGAACGACCUGGGCCAGGCUCGCACUUCUGACACGCAAAACAAUCUCAAAUGCAGCUGUCCCAAAACGACAGAUGUCCUCCGGGCUGCCUGUAUCAGGUACAAACAUCGCCUUUAUGGUACUUGGUGGAGGCUCACUGACGGCUGCUCUUUAUGCUUAUAAAACAAUAAACUCUGACAGUGCGAGGUAUAAUGACAAAAUCGCACAAUUUAAAGCCAAAACUAAAAGAGCAAAGGUUGCAGUUACAGCAGCAGAAGCAGUUGCAGAAACUGCAGCAGUUGAACUCACCACUGUUGAAGCUGCAGCAGAAGAACUGAUAUCUGGGGUGCUUGCUGCUGCAGGUUCUCCUGCAGAACAAUCGGCUGCUGCGGCAGUGGAGGUCGAGGUGGCAACACCUACUGUUGCAGAGGCGGGGACACCUGUUGCAGAGGAACCUGCUACACCUGUUGCUGAGGAUGUUGCUGCUGAUGCUGCCUCUCCAGUUGCCGUGACGAUGGGUGAAACAUCUUCUGAUGAGGAAGCUGGCUGAAUUUGCAUGAAACUAUAUGUUUAUGUGAAAUCAGCAUGAACCAUCCCCAACUAGUCUUUUGAAAACUGUCUUCAGCUGGAGACUUAGCACAGCUGUGCUCCUUUAAAUUGAAUAAUUAUGUGGUCUGUGUCCUCUAAGUAAAAAGUAGUGUCCUGUAUCUCACUGUGAAGGGAAUGAGAAGGAGAGAUUUAGAAAAUAAGAGUUGAAGAAUAGAAUAUUUCUAAAAAAAUAUAUUUUAUUUCUUUUAACUGUGUUAAACUGUUUUUAUAAAUGAUUUUUAACACUUAACUUUACUUCUUCAGCCCUAUGUUUGUGCAUCCUACAAAAAAUGUGCCUUUUGCAAUUUAUAUUAAAUGUAUACAUGUGCAGUAAAGCAUGUUCUCUCAUAUAAUUUUUUGGUAAUCUUUCAUUUGGAAAUAUACACACGUGCCGUUAUCUAAAUGUAUAGUUAUUUUGGAGCAUCUUCAAUCCAAAAUGGCUCCUGUAAUUCUGUAAAAAAGCUUUUAAGUUUCCUGUACAUGCUUUACAAACCGCUUUGGCCUUAUAAGCAUUAUUUUGUUGUAUCACAUAUUUUUCCUGUAUCACAAGAAACAUAAAGACAACUGUUGUUUAUUAUAACCUUUUGUAAUGAUAACUCAAUAACUUUUGUUUGUUUAAACGUGCUUGACCAAAUCUUAAAAUGUAAGCGGAUUAAAUAUGGGGAAGUGUUUAGAAUAAAGACUUAAAAUGUG